AUGACAUCGACACCCGUAAUCGUACGCAGCACGAACUCUACCAAAAUACCCCGCCCUUUGCUGACGGCGUUCAACCUCUCGGCCAGUGUCCGUUUUUCUGAUGGUCCUUACGAUAGCGUGCAUGCCAAGCGGCUGCUGGGGGAUCUCAAAUCCACGCUAGGUGAAGAGCGAGCGAGCCCUCCCAUUCCUACAUCGAUGGGAAAAAAGGUAGCGAAUGCAGUUGGUAGACUGGUGACUUCACUACACUCGUACGGUCAAAACACGGACGGGCUUCCCAGCGGUUAUAAAGAAAAAGUGAGGUCAUUCGAAUUACAUGCUAUCAUGGCAUAUCUCGAGACUCGCUGUCUUGCAUUGGAAUCUGGGCAACCCCACGAAAAGGAGCUCCGACAACGUAAAAUGGCUCGGCUCGCACGAGGGGGUAUUGACCUUGUGGAGAGCUCAAAGGAUGGAAGGGACGAGUUCAUUUCCACUGUCCGAGAAUUCAUCUCCGAGCGUCAGUGGACAGAGAUAACCCCCGAAUUGGCGGACGAUCUAAUUGAGAAGGUGCAAUCGAUAGAGAAUACUCCCGGUGAGAUUUUUAAGAAACUAGACAUUGGGGGUGAGUCUACAUGGGUUUCAAGAAAACGUAUGGGGAACCCUUUCGCAUCACCAAAACUCGGGGCACUGAUGGGAUACAUCGGUGUAUACAAUGAGCAACACCAUACGUCCUGGACAUUGCUCGACGCAUUUAUCGCAGGCUACGGAGGCGAAGCAAACGUCGCAGGUAUGUUGUCUCUGGCACGGCUCAGCUGUAUCUACGGUGGUGAAGCUCGGCAAAUGGACGAGGAGCUGUUUGAUAUGUGGCUGGAAAGGGGAUGGAUAAUCGGUCAUGUUCUCGACAUCCAAAAGAAACAGUUACAUAUAAUACGUCGUCCGUGGGCAUACACAGUGAAGGAUCCCUUGAAGCAGUACAUUUUGUACUUCACGAGGGCAUUAUCACUUCCGGAACUAUAUACCGCCAACAUUCUGGAACUUUUGAAUCGUGAGAAAUUUAAUAUCAAAGAGCUGUUGAGCGUGGUGGAAGAGUCGGACGAACAGAUCACAGAUUUCCUGAUAGGCCCAUAA